AUGAAUUUGCCACGUUUCCUCAGAAGAAAACGACUAAGUUGGAAAAUAUUAGCAAUAAUCGCUUUAAUAACGAUUGCAGUAUAUGUGUAUGUAUACUACUACCACCAAACUGAUUUACCUAAUCCAAACGUGUUCUUAAAAGAGCGACGAAAACGCUUCAUUGACUAUCAAGCAGUGGAGAGUAACAGGAAGGGUCCCGGAGAAAUGGGAGCACCAGUGAUUUUAGAAGGCGAAGAAAAAGCAUUGGCAGCUUCAUUGUUUAAGAAGGAAGCUUUUAAUAUAAUUGCAAGUGAUAAAAUAUCACUAGAGAGGUCAAUUAAAGACGUCCGAGACUCGAAAUGUAAAUCUAUAGAAUAUCCAAAAAGCCUACCAACGGCAAGUGUGGUAAUUAUUUUCCAUAAUGAGGCUUGGUCACCUCUACUUCGGACAGCACACAGCGUGGUCAACCGUUCACCCCCAGAAUACCUUCAUGAGGUCAUCUUAUUGGACGACUUCAGUGACCGACCGGAACUUGGAGAAAAGUUAAACAAGUAUGUGGAAACAACGUGGCCAGAUGGUGUAGUUCGAAUCGUCCGCACCAUGGAGAGAAGUGGUCUAAUCAGAGCUAGGCUUGCUGGAGCUGUAGCAGCUAAAGGCGAUGUACUCAUUUUCCUUGACUCGCACUGUGAGGCAUCCACUGGUUGGAUUGAGCCCCUACUAAGUAGAAUAAAAGAGGACCCGACUACUGUGCUCUGCCCAGAGAUAGACCUGAUUGACAAGGAUACACUCCAGUAUGGAGGCACAGGCAGUUAUUCCGUGGGUGGCUUCUGGUGGAGCCUCCACUUCUCAUGGCGUCCAAUUCCUCAACAUGAAAGGGACCGUCGCAAGUCAGACAUAGACCCGAUUAGAUCCCCUACAAUGGCAGGUGGACUGUUUGCAGCUGACCGAGACUUUUUCUUCAAGGUCGGAGCUUACGACAAUGGCAUGGAUGUAUGGGGAGGAGAAAAUCUUGAGAUAUCUUUCAGGGUGUGGAUGUGUGGAGGCAAAUUAGAAUUCAUACCUUGUUCUAGAGUUGGCCAUAUUUUUCGUUCCAGUCAUCCCUAUACUUUCCCAGGGAACAAGGACACACAUGGUAUAAAUUCAAUGAGACUUGCAGAAGUGUGGAUGGACGAAUACAAACGUCUGUUUUACAGUCAUAGGCGGGACCUGCUGGGACAAGACUACGGGGAUAUAUCAGAAAGGAAGGCUCUCCGUGAGAAGCUCAAGUGUAAAAGUUUUAAAUGGUACCUUGACAACGUGUACCCAGAAAAGUUCAUACCAGAUGAAAAUGUACACUCUUGGGGAAUGGUGAGAAAUCCAGGUAGUAAUCUUUGUUUAGACACCUUGGGAAAGGAUGAGAAGGUGACAUUUGAUGUGGGAUUGUUCAGCUGUCAGAAUGGUGCUAGUGCUAGCGAGGUAUUUUCUUUGAGUAUGGAUAAUGAGCUGCGUAGGGAGGAAGGAUGUAUGACAUACCACGGACAGACAGGAGGUCACCCACAGCUUGUUAACUGUAAUGGUGCCGCUAGCCAGAAGUGGAAACAUGACAAGAACACUGGCACCAUCAUCCACACACAGUCUGGACUGUGUCUAGACCGUGAUAAAGUAGAAUCUGGAGGAUAUAGUUUAGUGAUGACCUGUACACCCAACAAAGACUCUCAGAAGUGGACCUUUGAGCACUACCUUGAUGUUUAACCUGACCUUGACCUUUAA